UUAGCCACCCACUGGCUUUCUUUUACUUUUCUUAUAACAUGGCAACGGCAUCCUCAUUGCUUUCCAUCUAUUCUUCUCCUUCUCCUCUUCCUUCCUCUUCCCCCGCAUUCACCCCAUCCACCACCACUCUCUAUACUUCCAUACCUACCCCAGAUUGAUCACCGACCCAAUCACCACCUCCACAAUGGCCAUUACCCCCCGCCCCCUCAAACCCGGCAUCUACGUCCCAACCGUCGCCUUCUUCACCUCUCCCAACGAAGACCUCGACCUCACCACCACCGCCCAACACGCCACCUACCUCGCCCAAGCCGGCGUGACCGGUCUCGUCGUGCAAGGCAGCAACGGCGAAGCCGUCCACCUCAGCCGUGAAGAACGCAACCUGAUCACCUCCACCACCCGACAGGCACUCGACACCCACGCGCCCUCCGCCCCGCUCAUUGUCGGCUGCGGCGCCGCCUCCACCCGCGAGACCAUCCAACUGUGCCAAGACGCCGCCGCCUCCGGAGGCGACUAUACCCUGAUCCUCCCUCCCUCGUACUACAAAUCCCUCCUCUCUCCCAAAGACCUCCUCGACCACUUCCGCCUCGUCGCCUCCGCAUCCCCCAUCCCCAUCCUGGUCUACAACUUCCCCGGCGCCUCCUCGGGCCUGGACCUCUCCUCAGACGACAUCCUCGCCUUGGCGGAACACCCUAACAUCGUCGGCGUGAAGCUGACCUGUGGAAACACGGGUAAAUUGGCGCGCAUUGCUGCCGCCGCUGAACCGGGCUUCUUGACCUUUGGUGGCUCCGCGGAUUUCACGCUCCAGACGCUGGUGGCAGGCGGUCAUGGAGUGAUUGGUGGCGUGGCCAAUCUAAUCCCGAGGUUGAGUGUGCGUGUCAUGGAGCUGUAUCAGGCUGGUCAGGUCGAGGAGGCCCAGAGGUUGCAGGCUAUUGUGGCGCGUGCGGAUUGGCAGGCGAUUAAGGGUGGGUUCGUCGCCGUCAAGAGUGCCUUGCAGACGUACCGUGGAUAUGGAGCGUUGCCGAGACGGCCCUGUGUGGUGCCGUCGGAGGAGCAGGCGACGGCGUGGAAGGAUUCGUUUGCGGAGGCUAUGGAGUUGGAGAGGCAGUUGGAGAAGCAGGCUUAGCUUUCACUUCUGUAUCUACCUACCUAUCUGCUUACCCUACCCUACUAUACCAGGUUGAAAUACAUGCAAACGCAAUCAAU